AUGGCACAGGACAAGCUAAACGUAUCCGUCACGUCCCGGGCUGCACAGAAUAAUGCAGCAUGGUUCAUGAAUCACCUGAAAUCCCAUCGUUACCGUGGGCUCCUGGGACAGGUCACCUACCUGCCCAUAUCCAACAGCAACGCGAAGGAAUGGAAGUCAGGGGUGAAGGACACAACAUUUGCAAUUCUAUACCACACAAAGUGUCAGGGAAGAAUUAACCUCACAGACGUCACAGAUUCCAUAUAUGACAAAGAGCUCAAGUACAUGUCUGAGAAACUAGGUAAAGAGACGAUGACUGUCAUUCUGUAUCGUUCUUAGACCGUCACCUAUCAACUGAGUGGACAGUUAUUAUAUGGCAAGAAACAAGGAAGAGCUCGAGCUUUGUGACAGUUGGGAUCAGUGGUUGUUUUUUCAUAUUUUCUUUUUUUUUUUUAAAUACUAUUAAGAUAAACAAAUGAAUACAGCAGCCAUGAAAAAAAGCCAACAAAGUACAAUAAGCAAAAUGUUAAUAUCUAGAUGUGUUCGGAAUAAUUAUAGUUAGCAAUGCAUCUUCUCAUCAGAUGUGAUGACCAAUGUGUUUCCAGAACUCAAAUGGCGAAAUGUUUCAUUAGAUUUCCUUCCCCAAGUUAUUUGAUUCACGCUAUAAUAAUCUAUAAUGUGGUAAUGUGGUCUAGCAGGCUUUCAGGUCCUCUGACCCAGUGUCUGUCCGUAUAUUUCCAAGGGAAGCAGAAUGUCCUUGUGGUGGUUGAUGACCUUGAGAAGAGUGACAAUGAGGAGAGUCUUCGCAUCCUGCAGAAUCAGCCCAGUAUCUCGAAAUGGGCCAGGGACCUCCUGCUCUUCAAUGACAAAGAAAAGGAUCCGGUGCCAGAAGCCAAACAACAGGUCCUACUGAGCUCCUUCAGUGCGGGUAAUAUAAUUGGAGAGUAUGGGACCUGUCCAUGUAAAUAA